GCCUAGUGAGGCUCUUGCAUUUUUUGCAGGUUAAAUAUUUAUGUACACAGUACGGGAGGUUUUCAGAAAAUACCAGAAGUUAACUCUCAUCUCUCUAGAAACUCUGAGAAACAGACGGAUAACCAUGGAUGAAGAAGCAUGGGGGCAAAGUGUUGACCUUUCAGGCUGGCAGGUCCGCAAAGAUCCAGUACGAGCUGAGCCUGAAACUAAACCACAGACCACCACACAUUCCACCGUUCUUCUACCAGGCAGCGUUAUUGAUUGUUCAGAGGACGCGCAGGAACAUCCUUCGUGUGUCAUUGAAAGUGUUGUGGUAGAAGACACGCCUAAGGAGGAUGGAGAAGGAAACUCAUGGUUGCACAAGCUUGGAAUGAAUAUAAACAAGUGGUCAUUUCUGAAUUCCGUGAUUGGAUGGCGUGAAGACAGAACUCAAGACAAAGAUCAGUUUACCACAUCUGGAGUUUGCUCUUCUGCCGAUCACAAAGCAACUGAGUUGGAGGAAUGUACAGCUGAAGAAGUGCCUUACAUUCCGUACAGUUUAGCUAGACUGCAUAUCAUCAAGAUUGUAAAAGACAUGCAGCAAAUGAAAAACAGACACAUGAAGCUGAUCACCAAACUAGACAAUAUAAGGAAGGAAAAACAGGAGAAGACUAUAGCUACUAUAAAGAAACAUUACAGUGAGAAAAUUAGGUGUCUGAAAUCCCAGUUAGAAGCUUACCAAGAGCUCAUGAACAAGAGCAACGUAGACUGGCAAGAUACAGUUAAGAGCCUGAAAGAAAGAAACAGACAACUGAUCCAAGAGAACAAAGAGCUUCUUUACCAAAUGAAACAAACAACAGAGAACUGGAGAGAAGAAAAGGUGUGGAUUCUAGAAAAUUUGUGUAAAAAGCAAGAUUACCUUUAUACACAACACACACUGACUUUACAGGAACUUCACAAUAUCAGUUUACAUGUGAAAAGAUUGCAAGACCUCAUGAAUUUCCAGACAAAAAUUCUUCAACAAAAGUCUGAAAAGACAGAAGGAGAACAUUCAGAUGUGUCAGAGGUUUUAGUGUUAAAAACAGAACAAGCAGAUAAUAAAGAAGGGAAGACUGACUGGUCAGUGGAAAAGCAGUAUCUUUGGCAGGCACACAACAUCCUGCAUGAGAUACAAGAAUCUUUACAGAAACGAGAGAGGGAAAUCACUGAGCUCCUACAAAGCAAAAGAAGAUUUAACAAGGCAAUGAAACCUCAAAUGACAGUGCUGAUAUUCUUGAAAUCUCUUAUCAAGAUGGUUCACACCAUAUAUUGUAAUGUCCCUGCGGCACAACAAUGCAUCCAUGAGCUUAUCAGGAAGAACAAAGAUGAAAAUGGUGAUCUGGAAGAAGUUUUUAAUAAUGCUCAGGCUGACAUUCUGUCCUACGAAAUAUUUUGUGGAAACAAACUUUUGGAUGACACAAGGACACACCUCCCAAUGAAGCUUUUCAGAAACAUUGGAAAAGCAAAGUCUGAUUUAGGAUAUGCUGAAACAGAAAAAAUAGUGUUUGAUUGUAUUCAGACGGGAGAAAUCCCCAACUGGAUUAAAAGGGAUUGUCUUUAUGUAGCCUGGUCAGAAGACCCUGCAAUAUGCUCUGAGGAGACAGAGACACCAUUCCAAGGAACUUAUUCAGAAGUUUAACAUGGAAAUCAAGUCUUAACAGGAAGUGCUCCAGCAGCACUACCAAAGCUGAGAGCAAACUCAAACUCAGGAACUGGGAUAAUGAAAACCCUAAGCCCACUAUGGAAAAGGAUCAGGAUUGAGACCACCUAAGGAACCUGAAUAUGUACAAGUUCAUGGGAAGAUCUGAUGAAAUUCAUCUAAGGAUCCCAAGGAAGCUGUCAUCGUUGCUAAGACAUUUUCCAUUAGUUUUGAAAAACUGUAGCAGGCAGAUGAAGUCCUCAAUAACUGGAAAAGGCAAAAUAAAACCCCCAUUUAUAAAAGGGGGAAAGCUGAAGACACAUGGAACCGCUGACUGGUCAGUCGUAGUGCUCAGCAAGAUCAUGGAGCAGAUUCUCCUGGAAUCUAUGCUAAUGCACAUGGAAAAUGAAGAGGUGCUUGGUAACAGCCAAGAUGGCUUUACAAAGGGGAAAUCAUGCCUGACAAAUCCGGUGAUCAUUCUGUGAUGGGGCUACAGCACUGGAUCGGGGCAGAGCAACUGACAUCAUCUACCUGGGUUUAUGCAAAUCAUUUGACACUGUCCCUGAAAACUUUACUUCACUAUUCCUCUGGUGUAUGGAAACAAAGAAAAGAUUAAAAAAGCAAUGUAAUCAAAUUACAGAGGAGUACAAUGAAAGAACAAAUAAUAAUUAUUCAGGAAAAAUCACAUUAUCCAGAAACAUAAUUUAAAAAUUAUUUUCUCUCAUCAGUGAAGACUCUUAGCUUUGAAAGUCAAGUAAUCUUAAAGAAAACUCUCCAUAGCUCUAAUUUAGCUCAUCUAAUCUUUUGUUCUGAAAAAAAAAAUUAUCUUGAUCAUAAAAUAAUGAAUUUUUCUUGACUAAAAUAUGAUCCCAUAAAUUUAUGAUUGAAAUUUUAUUUGGAUGUCCUGUAAAGAGUCAUUAUGUGCACAGAAAAAAAAAUAGAAAAAAAAAGAAAAAACAACAAAGCAAACAAAUGAAAAGAAACAAACAAACAAAAUUUGGCAGUAAAAUGUAAGCUAAAAGUCCCUAUUCUGAAAUACUCUGACAUUCUCAUUAAUAACAAUUAAAAGCUUAGAGUAAUAAUAUUAAUAACAGCUAAAAAACACUUUCUAUUCCUGUUUGAUAAAUCUGGAACUUUUACAUUAGUUGUGGGUUUUAUACCACCUAUAUUUAGAACAUUAGAAAUGUCUCUGAAAUUAUUUCAAAAUUUAAAAAAAAGGAUAAAUUUUCAUCCAAAAAUCUUUCUCAUUACAUCCUAAAUAUCAUAAGUAGUAGGCUUCACUUCAAUCUGAGGUAUAUGGGACUUGGGGCUAAAAGUACCCUUGACAUUCCUGUAAGGGGAAUUCGUGCAAGUGCACUGAUCUAAGGUGUGUUCUAGGACCCCUGCUUCAUGUGGGAUGCUCUAAGCUGAAUAAAACAGCAAAUACUUUUUAGGGCAGAAAAUUAAAUUAUUGAAUUGUUACUGGGUUAUGAUCUGAAAUAAAAACCAAAACCCCAGUUUGCUAAUGAAUGAGAAAGCAUAGCAUCCUAGUUUCAUUCAGCACAUCUAGAUCUAUUGCCUCCCAUCAAAUUGGUGUCAUAGUUAAAAGAAUUUUUUACAGGCUGCAUUUCCCACUAGUAAGAAAUGUACUGUGAGAAAUGAACUACUGUUUCUUUACUCUCAAAAUGACUACUGUAGAUACAGUGGCAUAAAUGAAAAUUAUUAUCAGACAGAUUAGCAUGUCCAAAUGCUAUGUGUAUAAUAUUUUUCUUUAUUACAAAUGUAAUCCUAAAGUGAGAGGCGGUUUUUGCUUUACUUUGUGCCCAUGAGCAGUGUUGGUUCUGAUGAUGCAGACUCUGGCUGUGUCUACAGUGUUGGGCCCACCUUAACAAACAGAGCAGCCAGUUGCAUCCCUGCCACGUUUGGGGUAGAACUCAGGCUUGACUGUGCCAGCUCCCUCUCUGCUGGUGGCAGAGUGAGGCAGUGUGGCCAUAGGCUCAGGCUGGAGCAUGACCUCAUUUCCUGAUCACCUGGAUGACAGGACAGCCUUAGCGUUCUCUGUGGUUUAAUGCAGGUGUGGCUACUGCUUCCUGAGAAAAUAGUCUAUGUUUCUGCUAGUCUAUGUUUCUGCAAAUUUUUUGGCAUGUUCAAGGUCAAUACCAGGGCUUAAUCCUCUCAACCCUCACCUGUGCAGUGAAGGCAAUCGGAGUGCUUUGGAACCCUCUGCUUCCACCAUUACCUCCUUUGUCUUGAUUUCAUUAGUUCAGCAUUAGUGCUCUUUGCCUUCUCCUUAUUUAUGAAGUUCCUACUGUUGACUCUAUUUCCUUUCCACCAUUUUAUUUCUCUGUUUCUGCAUUUCAUCCCUUCUGCAAAGGACAUAUAUGUGGCUUUGGCAGUAUGAAUCAUUUUUAAUUCAUUAAAACACACAAAACUUAACCUGAUUUGAAAUUGUCUGGAGGCACUUGGCAGUUAAACCCAUCCCACUGACACAUGAGGACAUUAGCAGCAUAAUCUGCAAGUCAAGCAAGUCCUCCAUGGGACAGACAGAGAAUUCUUGGUAAAACUGCUUUCUUCAGUGCCUCGAGAGAGUUGUCAGUUCUAAAUUACUGGCCUUUUGCUGUGGCAACUGCAUUUUUUGCUGAUUUUAGUACCUCUCAGUCCUUUUAUGUAUCUUUGAUUGCUUCUUCUAAAUACAUAGCUUCAGCAAAUGAAGCUCCUUUUUUGUUGUUGUUUUUGGGGUUUUUUUUGUAUUCUUUGGUACUUAUACACUACUAUAAAAUACAUUCUUAUGUAUACCCCUUAUUAUACAUUAUUAUGUGUACCAUACCAUUUGACCACAACCACAGCAUCACACACAGGAUAUGUAUCUUGUUCUCCAUUUUUCUUCUGCUUGCACAGUGCUAUUCUACAAAAGGCUAUGGAGAGGUCACAGAGAAGUUCCAAAAAGAAUGUUUCAUAGUCUUCUUUGUGUUCUACGUGGUGUUCUGUCUCUGGAGUCCUGCAAAACUGAUAACUUUUCCCAACUGACUAUAAGAGAAAUGAGGUACAUGCUUCAGAACUUUGCUGCAUAUUUAAAUCAUAGAUCCAAGUGAAGUACUCAAAUUAAAGAGAUCAUACUUCAUCAAUAUUUAAAAUAUUUUUAUAGAGACAAAUUUUCAGACCAUUUACUAGUUUUCUGCUGUACAGUCCUGUGAGUUUGGAAAAGAAAAUUUAAUUAAACACUGCUGCGGUGCCUCCUGGAGCCACUGGCUCUCGCCCCCAGCUAGCCCAGGCACCGGGACAAGGCGCAGCCUAGGGUCAGUCUGCAGGCAGGGCGAGCAGAACUGACUCCUGUGGGCUCUGUGUCCCUGAAGGGGCUUAGGAGGGAUGUGCUGGAGCAGCAAGGCAGAGGAAAAAGGAGGACCCAGAGAUGGUGCAGCAGAGAAGGUUUAUUAGCCUAGCUCUGAGCCCAAAUCUGGACCCAGAUACUGGUCGUGCACAGGGUUUUAAGGGGGACAAAAGGGGAGGAGAAAGGGGUGGGGUUGGCCGCCUCCGGCCAAUGGGAUACAGUCUCUAGGGUAGACAGGGGAGGGGAAAGGCACUUCGGACUAAUCACAGAGAACUGGGAGGGGAAAACCAAAGGCGGGAAGGGUGAUGGACACUUAACUGCAAGGUCUAAAAAUAUCCCCUUAUGAGGGAGAAGGAGAGAACAAAGGAAUAUUAAUUAGGGGGGGGGUAGGGGUACAUAGAACUGAAUUGUACAAAGAACCAAGCUUUACAUACAACAUUAAAGAUAAAAAGAACAUGCACCACCACAAAACACCAAAUACAUCUAGCUGUAGUAGUAUCCAAACCUAUAAAAUUAAGCAUUAUAUUUUACAUUAGAUGUAUUAAUACAGUUUUCUGUACAAAAUAUUUGAUUUGGCUAAUGAUACAGAAAUCAGUUUCAUGAGUGUAAACAAAGCCCAAUGUAUACACAGGAAAAAAUAA